CUCUUAUGCUGUGGAGAAUUUCAAACAUUCACACAGCUGUUUUUUUCAGUGGUGACCUUGGUGCUAAUCUUAAGUCUUUUUCGGACUCUAUAAAAACAAAUUUUCUAAAAUUGCGAGAGUUAGUAUUCACUUAACUGUCUCCUAAUUAGACAUGCGCCACAAGGUUCUCAUAUUGUGUGCCAUAAUUUGCCUUUUAGUAAUCCUGGCGGAUGGCAAGCAAAGGCAGCGGACUAAAUCUAGAUCCUUGGCCGUCAAGCAAGGACAAAGGAAUGGAGCUAAUAGAAACUUGCAAAGUAAUGCUCGUGGACGAAACCGAUUGGCGGCCAGAACGCAGAACCGUAGGAACCGCCGCCUGAAAGCGGCUAAGAAAAACAGGAGGCGACGCAAUUUGGCAAAGAAGUCUAAGCAGAAAUUGAGAAAAUCCACACCAACUGCCAGUACAGGCGCAAAGUAUUUGGAGUUGCCACUGAACUUCCGGCAGGGCUUUGUGCGCACCACGAACACUUUCAGAUCGGAGAGGGCUUUCCUGUCAGCUCGUUAUGGUACUAAUUUCGCCAAGACCUAUGGAACAGCUCGGCUCUCUAACAUUGGUAACAUGGAAUACGAUGUGAAAAUGAGCAUUGGUACUCCCAAGCAGAAGUUCACCAUGCUUCCGGAUACUGGAAGCUCUAAUAUCUGGGUACCAGGUCCCAAAUGCAAAAGCAAGGCAUGCAGAAGCCAUAAGAAAUUCCAUCCCGCGAAGUCUAGUACCUACAAAAAGAAAACUAAGGCCUUUGAAAUAACUUACGGAUCUGGAAGUGUCAAGGGAAGAUUGGCUGAAGACACCGUAUCUAUUGGUGGACUGACAGUGGAUAAUCAAACUUUCGCUAUGACCAGCAGUGAACCUGGAGAAGCCUUCGAGGAAUCGAAAUUCGAUGGCAUCCUGGGUCUGGGCUACCAAGCUAUAUCCGUGGACAACGUGAAGACCCUUAUGCAGAACAUGUGUUCACAGAAUGUGAUUACCAGUUGUAUAUUUGCCAUUUGUCUUAGGGGAGGCGGUACCUCAGCCAAAGGUGGCUCUCUAUUUAUUGGCAACAAGAAUACCACGGCCUACACUGGGUCGAACAGCUACGUAUACACCCCUGUGACCAAAAAGGGGUACUGGCAAAUGAAAUUGGAUGGCUUCUAUGUUGGUUCAACCAAAGUCAGUGGCACUGCUCAGGCUAUAGUUGAUUCCGGAACCUCAUUAAUAGCAGCUCCUCUUCAUGCCUACAAGGAGUUCGUCAAAGAAACGGGAUGUACCCCAACGUCCAGUGGAGAAUGUUGGGUUAAAUGUUCAAAAACUAUUCCAGACAUUGUAUUUGUAAUUGCUGACAAAAAAAUAGUAAUCAAGGGCGACAAGGCGAAGAUGAAAGUCAAAACGCAAAAGGGCCACACAGUAUGCCUUUUGGUAGUGACCUAUGAAGAGACUAAUUUCUGGAUCCUUGGAGACCCCUUUUUGAGGAAUAAUUGCGCGGUAUUCGAUUUGUCGAAAAAUCGCAUUGGAUUCGCUGCUAUUACGUAAGAUUAGUACAUUUUCAUACAAGUUUUUAGAAUAAUUCAGAUCUCAGAUAAAGGAUCAUUUCUCUGAAGUGACAUGAUUUUAACGUUGCUUUAAAAAUUCAAAUAGCUUUUAUUGUAAUAAAUUGAACAGUUGAACCA